GAAGCGGUCGCUGUGGAGACGGGGGUCAGCGGCUCAUUUGAUCGGUUGCCGGGAGACAAUUGGUUUUAGGAACAGCUCAUUCACCAUGUCCGGGGUACCUCUGGUUGGUGCUAUCGAUCAGGGCACCAGCUCUUCUCGGUUCCUAGUCUUUAAUCCGAAGACAGCUAAAAUAGUUGUUCAACACUCUGUAGAAAUUUUACAGAAGUUUCCACAAGCAGGGUGGGCAGAAGAGGAUCCCAAGGAAAUUUUGCACUCAGUUUUUGAGUGUAUUGAGAAAGCAUGUGAAAAAUUGAAGAAACUCAAGAUUGAUGUUUCCAAUAUUAAAGCAGUUGGAGUUAGCAAUCAGAGAGAAACAACGAUCGUAUGGGACAAAAAGACAGGGCUCCCACUCUACAAUGCAAUUUUGUGGCUUGACCUCAGGACACAGUCAACUGUAGAAAAGCUGAUCAACAAUGCACCAAACAAAGAUAAAAACAUUCUUCAGGGAAAAACCGGCCUUCCAAUUAGCACCUAUUUCAGUGCUGUGAAACUACGGUGGCUUUUGGAUAAUGUGGAGAAAGUUAGAAAAGCUGUAGCAGAAGGCCGGGCUAUGUUUGGAACAGUUGAUUCUUGGCUUAUAUGGUGUUUGACAGGUGCACAUGAGAAUGGUGUUCAUUGUACAGAUGUGACCAAUGCAAGCAGAACCAUGCUGUUCAAUAUCCACACCUUGAAGUGGGAUCCUGAGCUCUGUCAAUUCUUUGACAUUCCAAUGAGUAUUCUCCCAGAAGUAAAAAGUUCAUCAGAAAUUUAUGGAUUAAUGCGAUGCGGGACACUAAUUAAAGUACCAAUUUCAGGUUGUUUAGGUGAUCAGUCUGCUGCUUUGGUUGGACAAAUGUGUUUUGAGCCAGGACAAUCAAAAAAUACAUACGGAACAGGUUGUUUCCUCCUGUCUAACACAGGCGAGAAGCCUGUGAUAUCUAAAUAUGGCCUUCUGACAACAUUAGCGUAUAAACUGGGCAAGAACAACCCUGCAAUUUAUGCACUAGAGGGAUCAGUUGCCAUUGGUGGUGCUGUGGUACGCUGGCUUCGAGAUAACCUUCAUAUCAUUAGCACAGCAGAGGAAGUUGAGAAGCUUGCUGCUUCUGUGGGUUCCUCUUAUGGUUGCUAUUUUGUUCCAGCCUUCUCAGGGUUAUAUGCACCAUAUUGGGAUACUACUGCAAGAGGAAUAAUUUGUGGCAUUACCCAGUAUACAAAUAGAAAUCAUAUUGCAUUUGCUGCACUAGAAGCUGUCGCCUUUCAAACCCGUGAGCUUCUUGAGGCUGUGAAUAAAGAAUCUGGUGUCAAUCAGACCACUCUCCAGGUGGAUGGCGGAAUGACCAGUAACAAGAUAAUGAUGCAGCUCCAAUCAGAUAUUCUUUCUAUACCAGUAGUAAAACCAGCUAUGGCGGAAACGACUGCUCUAGGUGCUGCUAUGGCAGCUGGUGCUGCAGAUGGUGUUGGAGUAUGGAAUCUGUCUCCUAAUAAUCUCUCAGCAGUAGCAUGGGAGAAGUUUGAACCACAAAUAGACCCUGCUGAGAGCAACCAACGUUUUUCUAAGUGGAAACUGGCUGUGGAAAAAUCAAGAGGCUGGGAAAACACAAAUGAUGGCGCUGGCACUGCAGAAUGCUGAUAAAGUAAUAUAACUGGAUACCAUGUAGUGCUUUGUGAAACUUUGGCUGGAAAUGCCUGGGAAUUCUACAGUUUUUAAAGAACUUCCACCUGUAUUAUUCCUUAUCACUUGUAUGCCUUGCAAUGUUUGGAUACACAGCAUCAAAGUGCCUUUUUAGGUAAUGUCAAAAUACAAAAAUAUAUGUGCAGAUACUUAAAUCUCAGAACAUAAUAUAGAACUAAAUCAGUAAACUCAAUGUAAGAAUUGCUGCGGAAAAUCAAAUGAAGUGAAGCAGAUUAAAAGAAACCCAUAAUGGAGUUACCAAAUGUACUGUCUAAAAUUUAAAGUCUAGGGCUUGCAAUUUUGCACACACUGAAUUUGUGAUUGCUUAGGUACCUGAUUCCUUCCAGAAGCCAGUGAUUGUAGUAGGGCUGAUUUGCAACAAUAGGUCGCUCUCUUACCCUGCUGAAUCCCUCUUUGUAAUGAUGAAAGUCAAAUGCUGGGGACAGAAGUAAAUUACAGUUAACUAAAAGGGAAAGUUUGGAAUUAAUAUUAAAAAGUGAAAACCUAAAUAGAGAGAAUGAGGCAGGAGGAAAGAAUCAGUAGCAUAGAUGACCUCUACAAAGUUAGUGUGCACCUUGAAAUCAUCUCCAGCAAUAAUUUUGAAGAUUGGAACAUGUGAUUACAUUUCGUUUUAAGGUUAUUAAAACUUAGCAUGGUCAUGAACAAAUUUACUGUAUAGCCUUUGUUAAUUGGCACAUAUGAAAUUAGCAUAGGUUACUCAUUCCCAAUACAGACAAAUAAUUCACAUUUUUAAUCGGAGUUGAACCAAUGAGCCUAAUAAAUGAGAGCUAGUUCUCAACCAGGGCUUUAAGGACCUCUAGGGCUUACAAAAAGAUUUUAAGGGGCACACCAAAAAUAAAGGUGAAAGAAGACUGGGAAGAAAAAAUAAUUGGCCUGUACAUUCAGCAGCAGAGGUGGUUGGAUGCAGCACACAGAGGGAGACCCUGGAGGGGGGUGGGUAGGUUACUAGGGUGCUUAAAACAUCUUGACCGUAUUUGUAAAAUGAUUAUUUAUAUUCUGUUCAUAAAGCAGCAGCUAGCAAAGGCUAAUCCUGUGCUGGAUGGUUAUAGCUAUUCCACAAAGGCCCACAAUUUGGAAAAGUAUUUGUAUGUCUUUGGAGUUACUGUGUGCAUGUGUCAUUUUAGUGGGAGAACAUUGCUCAGGACAGGGCUGUUGCAAUUGCUGUGCAACUGAAUGGAUUAAACUAAAUCUUUAAUGCAGAGAUUAUACAUGUAUGAUUUUAUAAUUCCUUGAGUAAAUUUAUAAGAGUUGGAAAGUUACAGUUGAGUUACUUUCUGCUGUACAAUUGUGAAUUAUAAUUUUAAUCAAUGUCAUGUUUAUAAAUUUAUAAUAUGCAUUUUUUUUAAUGCUUGCUUAAGGUACAAAAAACUUGGACAUUAGGAGGAUAAUUAUGUGAGAUGUCUCUGGUCAGUCAGUGUGAAGAAAAAAGAAUCACAGCCCAAAAAGGGGAAAGACUGGAGGAUAGCAGUCAAGUUGUGUAUAAAACAAAAAAAAAUCUAUUUAGUUGUAUUACUAAUUUUUAUACCGAAAAAAAUACCUUACAAGAGGGUUUGUAGAAUUUUUAUAACUCAGUGUGGUGGGAUGGCGGCACCUUAGAAGCAAAAAAGGUUGAGAACCCCUGAGCUAGAAAAUCUGAGAUAGUUACUUAAUUAUAAAUUGAAUUACUUUAAAAACUAUUUUCAUGAAUUGAUGGAGAAGUGCCAUUUCUGGUGAGUUUCAGAAAGUUACAGAGUUGGUUUCACCUUCCUCUCCCCAACCCUCAAUUAAACAGCAAUACAGAAGGCAUUAUAUUAUGCAUAUAUUGUACAGCAAAAUGAAUGUAUAAGCUCAAAAUGAAGAUAUAAUGCAGAGAGUUAAUUACCUUUUUCAGGCUUCAGUCUUUUGCAGUUACAAACAAUCCAACAGAUAAUUCUUGCGGGUCAUACACUGCCAGCUAAUUAGAGUUCUUGAAUCUGAACAAUCAAAAUCCAACAAAGUUCUAAUUCCUUUGUGCAACUUUAAUUCCUUUUGAAUUAUAGGACUGUUGAUCAGUUAUGGCAGAAGCAACAAUAAUAUUUGAUAUGUGAUGAAAGCACAGAUUAUCUUAAAUAUUCAUGAAAACCCUACACAAUGCUAAUAAAAAUUGGCAAUGCUAAUAUAGUAUCUGAAUACUUAACUGGUUGCAUACUUUGGUAUAUAUAACUAGACACUACUGAACCUCCCCCCCCUUCAUGUUGGCUUUCAACUGCACUACCAAAACCAUGCCUAGAUAAAAAUAUUUUAUCCAGGCUAUUAGACUGACACAGACUCUGAGUGGCCAUUUUAGAUAUAAGAAUGUUUGAAAUCUUAAAUCUGAAUUACAGCAACUUUUGAAGAAGUUAUAAACCUAAAGGAACAAAGUUUCUGUAUUUCUUGCAGUCAUAAAACAUAGUGCAUGUGCUGCCUAUACAGUUGUAGAUAUAAUAAGGAAAGUCCUUUGUAAUCAUAGUUCCCCAUUUUUAACAGCUGCCAUAAUGGCAACUCCAUAUCGGGGUAGGCGGUGGUGUAGUGGUAUUGUCACUGGGCUAGUAAUCCAGAGACCCAGGAUAAUGCUUUGGGGACCUGGGUUCAAAUUCCACCUUGGCAGGUCAUGAAAUGAAUUUAAUUAAAAA